AUGGUGUUGGUAUUAGCUUGUGUCAUGGAAGCGUCAGAAAUUGAGAUGGAGAAUAAAAAAUUCGAGCUGCUCAAAGUUGUUACCAAACCUCAACGGGGCCCAAUUGCUACUCCAUACCAACGUUCUUCAAUCAAGAUAGCCUUGGUGAGCUGUGAGUGUUUGGAUGCAGGGAAGCCGAUUGACCUGGGUUUUGAUCAAAUAUUUGAAAAUUUUGAAUGCGCGGGCCAACCCGACGGAGGUAUUGUUCGCAAUGUGGUCAGAUGGAGCAUGCGAAGGCUGCUUGAGUGUGCUUUGAGUGCCGUAAGGUGGUGGAACAAGCCAGUGGGCUCCCACGUCGGUAACGUGAGCCGAACCAAAAAACAAGGGACCACACUAAGUGAAUUUAGUCACCCCAUUUCUUCCCACCCUCUGGCAGUCAAAGCUAUCGGGAGACGUGCUUCGGUUCCGAUUUAA